GCCCCGUCUGGCACACGGCGCAGAUUACCAAGACUCCUGCACUGGCUGGCAGCUCAGCUGCGUGCUCGAGGAUGCUGCAUCUGAAAGUCCAGUUCUUGGAUGACUCCCAGAAGAUCUUUGUAGUGGAUCAAAAGUCGUCUGGCAAAGGGUUGUUCAACCUGAGCUGCAGCCACCUGCACCUUGUGGAGAAGGAAUACUUUGGAUUGGAAUUCCAAAGCCAGGCUGGAAACAAUGUUUGGCUGGAGCUUCUAAAACCCAUAACAAAGCAGAUGAAAAAUCCUAAGGAGGUUCUUUUCAAAUUUAUGGUGAAAUUUUUCCCAGUGGACCCUGGACAUCUGAGAGAAGAGUUGACAAGGUAUCUCUUUACCCUUCAAAUCAAGAGGGACCUGGCAGUCGGGAGGCUCCCGGGCAGCGAGAACAGUGCCGCUUUGCUGGUGUCGCACCUCUUGCAGUCUGAGCUGGGGGACUUUCAUGAAGAAACAGAUAAGAAGCACCUGGAGAGCCACCAGUAUUUACCCAACCAGGAAUAUUUAGAUGAUAAGAUCAUGCAUUAUCACCAGAAGCAUGUUGGGAAGACACCAGCUGAGUCGGACGUUCACCUGUUGGACAUAGCCAGGAAGUUAGACAUGUAUGGGAUUAGACCCCACCCUGCAAGCGAUGGGGAAGGGACGCAGAUCAAUCUGGCUGUUACGCACAUGGGAGUGCUGGUUUUACGGGGGAACACAAAGAUCAACACAUUCAACUGGGCCAAAAUUCGGAAACUGAGUUUUAAGAGGAAACAUUUUCUAAUCAAACUACAUGCAAAUAUCUCUGCUUUGUGCAAGGACACCUUAGAGUUUACCAUGGCAAGCAGAGACGCGUGCAAAGCAUUUUGGAAGACGUGUGUGGAGUACCACGCUUUUUUUAGACUCUCUGAAGAACCAAAAUCCAAGCCCAAAGCCCUCCUGUGCAGCAAAGGUUCAAGUUUCCGCUAUAGUGGCAGAACCCAGCGGCAGCUGCUGGAGCAUGGGCGCAAGGGGAAGGGGAAGAGCACGCCGUUUGAGAGGAAACACUACCCGGCUCAGUACCACGAAAGGCAGUGCCGCUCGUCCCCAGACCUCCUCACAGACGUGUCCAAACAGGUUGAAGACCUGCGCCUGGCAUAUGGCAGCAGAGCCUGUUACUGGAACGCAAACGGGGUCCACGCGUCAGAUCCCAUGCUGGACAGCAGGAGGCGGAAUUCCUCCGUGGAGGUGACGUUCGCGGCGGAGCUGGAGCGCUCCAAGCCCGAGGCUGACCCCAGGCUCCUGCCCCAUUCCAAAAGCAGCUCGGCCUUCCCGUUGGCCUACGCCGAGCUGGAGCUGGAGUGGGAGCCGGCCGACGGCUUCGGGCAGCGCAGCCCGCUGACCUCCUUCCAGCCCAGCCACAAGCUUGCUGGAAACAGUAAAAGCACCUCGGUUGGCAACAUGAGGGAGGUCGCCUCCAGGCAGCUGAGCUACACAGAUGUACCGUACGUCCCCUCCACCAGCCAGCCGCUGGAGACGAUGUCUCCACAAGUGUUCUUUUAUGUGGACAGGCCUCCCCCGGUACCACGCCACACGCCAGCUGCUGCUGAGGAAGCAGGGAGAGGGCUGAGUGGCCCUGGCCCCGUGUCAAUGAAACCUUCCAAGAGAUGUCUGGCCCCGGCCCAGAGGAAGGGUCUGCAGCCCGAGGCCCUGCCCAGGGCUUGCUGUGUUGGCAGGCACCUGGAAGAGGAGAGCAGAACCCUGGCUGGGGCUUUUGACUACAGCAUUCAAGAGCAACUGCCCAAAAGAUCUUGGAGCCAGUCCGAUAUGAAGACCAUCCAUUUCCCAUAUGGGUCGGAGUUCAGGCCGCUGGGCCCUUGCCCUGCUCUGAGCAGUAGAAAAGUAAGUAUCUUACGGUCCCUGCUCGCCCAACAAGGGCUUUCCAACCCCGCCGCAGCGCCACGCCAGGCCGAACGCGGUGUGGGCAGCGGGACCGAGUCCAGUGACUCCGACUCGGAUCUCCUGAACGUGGAUUACUACUCUCUGUAUGGCCGGGUAGAAAAGUCACCCCUGGCCCGGGUGCGUCUGUCCUCGGGCAGCCUCCAGCUGGAGGAGGAGGAUGAAGAGGUGUCCUUCGCGACAAGCAGUGCAGAAGCAAGGACUUCAAUGGGCAUGUCCAAUUAUUUCACGUAACCGUCUCCAAUUGGCUUGAGAGCGCAGAGAUUUCCAAAGCCAGCUGGAAGGAACAGGAAGGUCAUUUUUGUGUGAUGCUGCUCCCUCCUUGCUAAGCAUUGUGACGGGUUAGUGUUGUGUGAGUACAAUUAGCUGUAGAGACUGUGUUAAUGGAUGACAGGGGAGCUCUAGGACAUAAAGAUCUAGGCAACAGGCAAGAAAAAAGUAGCCAACAGUGGGCACCCCCAGCAAAAUCUUCUACAUCGAGGUUCUCAAUGAACGGGGGGUCAGCUAGUCCACUGGGCUCACCCCAAAUUGCUAAAUGGCAGGCAAGCACCAGUCAGCUCAUGGCCACUUGGGAACAAGGGUCCUGAUGCAUGAAAGGUGGAGAACCACUGUCGGACAGCAGGGCCACAGAAGUGUCACGUCAAUUCUCCUCCGCGAGGGGAAUAGAAACACCAUUAAACGAAAGCUGCUAAAAUGUCUGUUUCUAAUGGAGAGCGCGCGAGACCCUCAGUUGGGCUGAUGGCCGUUGGGAGCCUGUUUGGGAAGACUCGUGAGUGUGUUAGCAGAAUGUUUGUUAUGGCAGCUCCAUAUGCCCCAGCUCCUGAUCACAAAGGCGCCCACUCUGUGACACCAACCGCUUGUAUUUUGAUGCUGCCACAUCACUAAUGAUGGCGAGGAGCACCUCUCUUCUAACCAAGGGCGGUGCAGCAGAGAGCCUCGCCCAAGCCACUAGACAGGUUGGCUUGAGUACGUCGGAGUUGCAUCCCAGUGUGUUGGCCACUGGCUUUCAGAUUUGUGUAGGGAGCGAACGCCACCUCUUCCCCAGCCACAGCAAAGAUACUGCUGAGAAACAUAUUUUGCCGGUCAGUUUGUAUAUCGUUUUUAGCGGCUGCCUUGCAGGCUCCCCCCGCCUACAGUGAGGUGGGACGGUACCUCCCAUUACGACUGACAGUGAAAACGUGUCUUUGCCACUCACAUCCAUCUCUCUCCUUCCUUCCGCUAAGAGACCGCGCAUGGCCACACAAGCAGUACCUGGUGUGGGGGCCCAAACCUGAGCUCCCAGAGACGCAGGCUUCUCGACCCCUAAAUUCAAGUGAGCAGCCAAGAGACCUGGGUGGAAUCACUGAUGGGGAACGCGCAAAUACUUCAGCCUGGCUGAAUGGGCCCCUCCUUCCAUCAGUAGUGAACGGACCAGCCAAUGCACAAACAAGGCGCUCACUUGGAAUAAGCUGUAACAGGAGAGUGCUAUGCAGGUGGACAGGCUCCCAAAGGCAUUCCCAAGUCAUCUGUCUCACUGCAAAGUAAGACACUGUGGUUACUAGAGAUGGCUAAAAAAGAAAGGAACAUAUUUUUGCAAAAAAUGUUGCCCUUUUUUGGUGUUGAAAAAUUUCAAAUAUUGAUGUUUUCUGACCAGCUCUUGUAUUUACCAACCACAGGAGAGUGGAAAUAUCUAUUUUUAACCUUGUAUUUUAGUUCUUAAAACAUCUAAUUUCCCCUCAAACGCUUUGUAAGGAAAAAAAGGUCCAAGCGAUCCAACCCGAGCCCGACCCAGCUGCUGUGAGAUUCUGGCGUGUUCUCUGUCCAGUCCUGUAGGCCACAGCUGUAAGGGAAGGCUGGAGCAUGCCUGUGGGGGUGCUCUGGGGUCACACACUUGCCUGGCAGGGAGCCAGCAAACCAGGCUGUCGGGCACCGUGCUAGAGUGGCUUUGUUGGCCACGCUCCUGGUGGGGAAAGACGCAAACAUCAAGUGAACGGUCAAGACAACUGGGGUUAGCAGGAUGCUGCCCACCCUGUAUUUUUCAAGCUCUCGUCUUCGUUCUAUCGUUUUAGAAGCUGGACAAUAAAACAAACGAACCCCUCCCCCA